UGCGCGGGGCGGGCUCAGUACUGUCAGGGCCGCGCGUUCUCCGGCCGGGGCCGGGGCGCUGACGGCAGCCUCCCGCCGCGCCGUUACUCAGCACAGCCGGCGUCCCCACGGCCCGCCGACCCGGCAGCCGGGAGAGCGCGGGGCCGCCGAGCGGAGCGCCAGGUGCAGGUAGGGGCUGUCGUCCCCCGGCAUUGCGGGGAUGGACGGUGUGCGGGUGACCCGCGGCCGCGGCGUGAGGGCGAGUUGUUUCCCCCUCGCGGCUCCGUCCGGGUCUCUUGCCCCGCUCGGACCCGCGGCCCGUCCGCGCCGCCUGGCGCAGGCGUGUGGCGGCCCCUGGGGCGAGCGGAAGGGCCCGCGGCAGCCACCGGCGUUUCCUCAGAGAGGCGGGCGGCGCGGCUUCGGUCUGCGGCACGAACCGGGCGGGGAGCUGCCGACUCCGCCUGCCUCCUGCCCGCGUCCCAGUGUCGCUGGGCUCGGGGGUCUCUUGGCGUGUCGCCUGCCUCGGAAUGCCCGGGUGCUGUGGGAGAUCUGUCCGGUGCUCCCGUCUCCGUGGUCUUGCCCUGGACUCCUUUGUUGGAAACGGGCGCACUGACUUGUGGCACGCGUGUUAAAGUCUGGCUUUUCGGGCUCCGAACAGUGCCUUCGAGUCACUGCUGAGGACUUCGGCGGAGCCCUUUUCAGAUUCGGACACCUGAGGAGUUAAUUUAGUUCCCGCCAGCCUGGUUAAAUUUAUUCCUUCAGCUUCUACUGUAGAGGGUGGGAGUAACGCUGGCCUCAACAUUGCUCUCAGACUCCUUCCACUUAUCCUGACUUGCGGGUAUAGCUGAACCUUAAUGUUCACAUAAUCUCAUCUGACAGAGACUAGAAGAUGAAUAAUCUUUCCUUUAGUGAACUGUGUUGCCUGUUCUGUUGUCCACCAUGCCCAGGGAAAAUUGCCUCUAAGCUGGCAUUCUUACCUCCUGAUCCCACAUACACACUGAUGUGUGAUGAGAGUGGCAGUCGCUGGACUUUACAUCUCUCAGAGCGAGCAGACUGGCAAUAUUCUUCCAGAGAAAAAGAUGCCAUUGAGUGCUUCAUGACUAGAACAUGUAAAGGCAACAGGAUUGCCUGUAUGUUCGUGCGUUGCUCACCUAACGCCAAGUACACUUUGCUCUUCUCACAUGGAAAUGCUGUUGACCUGGGUCAGAUGAGCAGCUUCUAUAUUGGACUGGGUUCACGGAUUAAUUGCAACAUAUUCUCCUAUGAUUAUUCUGGAUAUGGUGCAAGUUCUGGGAAGCCUACGGAGAAGAAUCUAUAUGCUGACAUUGAUGCUGCUUGGGUGGCUCUUAGAACAAGGUAUGGAAUUCGCCCUGAAAAUGUGAUUAUAUAUGGCCAGAGUAUAGGAACGGUACCAUCUGUGGAUCUUGCUGCUAGAUAUGAAAGUGCUGCUGUAAUUCUUCAUUCUCCACUGACCUCAGGAAUGCGAGUAGCUUUUCCUGAUACAAAGAAGACUUACUGCUUUGAUGCAUUCCCAAACAUUGACAAAAUUUCUAAAAUAACAUCUCCUGUCUUAAUAAUCCAUGGAACUGAAGAUGAAGUAAUUGACUUUUCACAUGGCCUGGCAUUAUUUGAGCGUUGCCAGAGACCUGUAGAACCACUGUGGGUAGAAGGAGCAGGCCAUAAUGAUGUGGAACUCUAUGGACAGUACCUUGAAAGAUUAAAACAUUUUGUGUCACAGGAACUGGUGAACUUGUAACUUUCAUUGUGUAUUUACAUGUUUUUUUCAUUUCACUGCAGAACUGCACACUUUGAUAAAUAUAUAACUUAAAACCUGAAUGUUGUUUUCAAAUCAUCUUGGUUGCCUUCAUUAAAUCUACAGGUAAUGAUUUGUCAACACAAUUAAUGAAGGUUUUAAUGUCAGCAUUAUAAACUGGAAUUACAUGAUCAUGCAGUCAGACUGGCAGUUCGUAUUUCUUUGUGUGAGGUUUUUCUUCUUAGAUGUAAAGAAAAAAAUCACAAGGAGUACUGUAAGAAAAUUUAAUUAUAUAAAACCCAAUGCUGUAAAAGUGUUGCCAAGUGCUUUAGCAUAUCAAAACCAAGUUUAUAAAUAUUUUUUAAACAUCUCAAAGUGUACUGUGACUUACUCUGUUGCACAGGUGUAAUUAAAAAACUGACUUCUAAACUGUUGUUCUGUAAAAAUGUAAUAGUCAUGAAAUUUGAACAAAUACUAAUGUAUGUAAUGAGAAUAAACAGUCACUGGAAAUUACUCAUGCCCUGUUGCAGGGAGAGGGGGGGGAAAUAGAUAUCUUUUCCCAUAUUUUUUAUUUCUUUUGUGUUUAGUUUUCCUUUAGUUAUUUUGUACUCAUAUUGUCUCUUAGCUUUCAGGAUAAUAAAAUGUAUCCAUUCAUGUUCUCAGGAGUCCUAAUCUUGCCAGAAUAAUUCCACAAAUUAUCAUUGUUGUUAUGCAAGUAUCAUUCACAUGAUUGCUACUGAGGCCACAAAAUACCUCUUUGAAACCAGACUUAAAAUCUAGAAGACUUCUUGAACCAUGUAGUUUUAAACACUGAUUUUCUAGAGCCACAAUGUGUCAUUUAGAAGAACCUUGAAGUUUAUCCAACAUUGUAAUAAAGAAUUUGCAACUUAGCAGUUGUCUGAUCAGGCUAAUUUUGGGUGUUUAGUGUAAAAGCUUAUUGUUUUUGAGUAUUGUAUGGAAAUUUUACUAAUUGGGCCUGUGUGGGGUGAGAGGAGUGACAAGAAGAGAAUAUUGACAUUUUUCUAUUAACUCAUCAUAAAAUAAACUUAAGUUGCCUUUCCCUUGAAUGCAUUUUACGUGAAUAAAACUAUGAAAAAUAAACUUAAUUAUAUGUAGCCUAAUUGUGAACAAAAUAAUAUUCCAACAAUACACACUGUGCUUUUAAGGCCUUACAUAGUUUAAUUGUUGUGCUCGUUUUUUUGUGAUUGAGACUAUUGUAUACUUAAAUGUAGCUUUGAGUAUUGUGAAGACUUUGGUUAAGAUGUGUUGAUUAACAGUAAACAAUAUUCCACAAA